AAACAUUAGAAUCUCUGGAUGAUACUACCAAGAUCCCUCCUUAUCAGUUAAGGGAGAAGUGUCUCCUUCCACUGCAACUGGCUUUGGAGAGCAAGAAUAUGAAACUGGCACAGCAAGCUCUAGCAGGGAUGCAGAAGCUACUGUCUGAUGAGCGAUUUGUAUCCAUGGAAACUGACUCUGAUGACAAGCAGUGUCUUAAUCAAAUGCUGAACGCAAUCAGAGUGACUCCAUCUCUCAAUGAGGACCUGCAGGUAGAAGUGAUGAAGGUAUUGCUUUGCAUAACAUACGCGCCAACAUUUGAGUUGAAUGGAAGUUCUGUACUUAAGAUUGCUGAAGUUUGUAUUGAAACUUAUAUUUCCAGUUAUCACCAGCGGAGUAUUAAUACAGCUGUACGGGCAACCCUCAGCCAGAUGUUGAGUGAUUUGAUUUUACAAUUACGGCAAAAACAAGAAAAUACAAUGACCGAAAACCAAGGAGUUCUUCAAGGCUGCAAGAAUUCAGAUUCCACCACUGAAUCAUUCUGUGAUGAUGUUGUCUCUGUCUUCAUGGUCUUUUGUGAAAAACUUCAGACAGCAAUCAGUGAGAAUCAGCAGUUGCAGCUUCUCUACCUGGAAUGCAUUCUUUCCAUGCUGAAUAGCUUCUCUUCUGGUAUGCACCACCAUAAAGGAUUCACUGACCUCAUCUGGAAGCAGCUGUGUCCAGCCCUGAUAGUAAUCUUGGGCAAUCCGGUUCAUGAUAAAACGAUCACAUCUGCUCACAGCAACACCAGUCAUGAAGCUGAUUCUCCUUCUUCCGGAGUCUCUGACCACGGCCGAGGAUCAGGCUGCUCUACAACUGCCCCUGCCCUUAGUAGUCCUGUUGCACGGACUAUCUACUACAUUGCAGCGGAGCUUGUUCGGUUGGUGGGCUCAGUGGAGUCAAUGAAGCCUGUUCUGCAGUCUCUCUACCAUCGGAUGCUUCUGUAUCCUCCACCCCAGCACAGAGUAGAAGCUAUCAAGAUCAUGAAAGAGAUACUUGGAAGUCCUCGGCGGCUUUGUGAUUUAGCAGGUCCCUGCUCUACAGAACCAGAAUCAAGAAAGAGAUCCAUUUCAAAAAGAAAAUCCCACCUGGACCUUCUUAAACUAAUCUUGGAUGGGAUGACGGAAGCCUGCAUAAAAGGUGGCAUUGAAGCCUGUUAUGCCUCAGUAUCCUGUGCCUGUGCCCUGCUUGGAACUCUGGAUGAGCUAAGUCAAGGAAAGGGCCUUGAUCAGGAGCAAGUACAUCUGCUUCUCCGGAGGCUGGACGAGUUAAAAGAGGGGGCUGAGACCAGUAGAGAUUCCAUGGAGAUCAACGAUGCUGAUUUUAGGUGGCAAAGACGUAUCCUGUCAUCGGAACAUGCCCCCUGGGAGCCAGGCCAUGAGAAGAGUCCUGACAUUAGUAUUAGUGUUACCACAGAUACCGGUCAGACAACCCUGGAAGGAGAUAUGGGACAGACAACCCCAGAUUCUGACAUUCGUAAAAAUUCUUUGCAAUCCCCAGCUGGACAGGCAGGCAAAGAAAUUCAUUAUAAAGAGCCAGAAUCAGAAACAAUUGACCAACCGGAUGUAGUUCAACGGAGCCAUAAUGUUGUCUAUCCAGAUAUAACUAAUUUCCUUUCUGUUGAUUGCAAGGUCCGUUCGUGUGGAUCUAGAUACAGCGAGAGUAAUUUCAGUGUUGAAGACCAGGAUCUUUCCAGAACUGAAUUUGAUUCAUGUGACCAGUAUUCCAUGGCAGCAGAAAAAGAUUCUGGAAGAUCAGAUGUGUCGGAUAUAGGUUCAGAUAACUGUUCUUUAGCUGAUGAAGAACAGACGCCACGGGACUGUCCGGGUCACAAGUCUUUACGAACUGCUGCCCUUUCCUUGAAGCUACUUAAGAACCAGGAAGCAGAUCAGCAAAGUGCCAGGUUGUUUAUUCAGUCUCUUGAAACUCUCCUUCCUCAUCUUAUAGCUGUUGCUACAGUAGAAGAGGUAGAUUUGGCUCUCCAGAACUUUUCCUCAAGUUUUUGUUCAGACAUGAUGCAUUCUCCAGGAAUUGAAGGGAAUGUCAGCUUUAACUUCCAGAACCUGAUGAACGCAGAUAGCCUCUACGCAGUCUCUCACUACAUACUCCUGCUGAACCUGAAGCUGUCAAACGCAGAAUACUAUCGGAAGAAACCUGCCCAGUCCCCUGUAUUAUUGGUGAGGUCAAAGCCUGCUUUGACCCCUACAGUGAUGAACAUGUUGCACUUGGCCACAUCCCGCUCUGUAAAUCUCCAGAAGGAAUUCAUGAAACAGGUCCAAUCCAGUGGGGUUCUGAUGGUAUUUUCUCAGGCCUGGGUUGAAGAACUUUACCAUCAAGUAUUGGAGAGAAAUCUUCUUGGGGAAGUUGGUUAUUGGGGAAAUCCUGAAGAACAUAGCCUUCCACUCAUUACUAUGCUGACAGGCAUUGAUGGCUUGGGAAGCAGUGCAAUAGGUGGGCAGCUGAUGGCUUCGGCUUCCAAACAAUCUCCUCUCUCCCAGACCUGGAAACCAGAUGAUACAUUGAUGGCAGGAGUUGCUUUCGCCCGAUACCUUCUAAUUGGUUGCUGGAAGAAUUUGAUUGAUACCUUAUCAACACCUCUGACUGGCCGCAUGGCAGGGAGCUCCAAAGGAUUAGCAUUCAUUCUUGGAGCUGAAGGCAUCAAGGAGCAGAACCAAAAGGAGAAGGAUGCCAUCUGCAUGAGUUUAGAUGGGCUAAGGAAGGCAGCUCGGCUCAGUUGUGCUUUAGGAGUUGCUGGUAAUUGUGCAUCAGCCCUUGCCCAGAUGGCAGCUGCCUCUUGUGUUCAAGAGGAGAAAGAGGAAAGAGAUGCCCAAGAGCCCAGUGAUGCCAUUGCUCAAGUAAAACAGAAAGUGGAGCAGAAACUGGAGCAGAUGGGGAAGGCGCAAGGUGUCUGCCUCCACACCGCUCAUGUUUUAUGCAUGGAUGCUGUUCUUGCUGUGGGAUUGGAGAUGGGAAGCCAGAAUCCAGACUGUUGGCCUCACGUCUUUAGAGUAUGUGAAUACAUCAGCACUCUGGAACAUGCCCAUUUCAGCGAUGGCACUUCUCAGCCACCUGUAACUAUCACCCAAGCCCAACAGGGAGCAGUGGCACUUCAGGGUGAAGUUCAGACUACAGACUCUCCCCAGGAACUGAUUCUGGAGCAAGAGACAGCCCUAAGGAACAAUCCUGUCAUCCAACCAGUAUCCAUUCAGGAUCUCAUCAAAGAAAGCAGUAAGGGAAGAGCUUUUGAUUUUCGAGGAGGCAGCCUGAUGACCGGGAGCAGUGCUGCCAAGGCUAUCCUCACCCUCUCUAAUCAAGCUGACAGGCUUUUUGAAGAUGCUGUUGACAAACUGAAUCUGAUGGCUUUGGGAGGUUUCCUGUACCAGCUAAAAAAGGCCUCCCAAUCCCAACUCUUCCAGUCAGUUACAAACACAGUCGAUUAUUCUUUGGCCAUGCCAGGAGAAAUAAAAUCCACUCAAGAAAGAAGUGCCCUUCACUUGUUCCGUCUAGGAGGAGCCAUGCUCCGAAUUGUGAGAAGUAGAAAACGGCCUUUGCUCCAUCUUAUGCGCUGUUGGCAUCUAGUGGCUCCUCACUUAGUGGAAGCUGCUUGCCAUAAAGAAACACAUGUUUCUCAGAAGGCUGUUUCUUUUAUCCAUGACAUCCUAACAGAGGUUCUAACAGUCUGGAACGAACCGCCUCAUUUUCACUUCAGCGAGGCCCUUUUCCGUCCCUUUGAGCGCAUCAUGCAGCUUGAACUUUGUGAUGAGGACAUUCAGGACCAGGUGGUCACAUCUAUAGGAGAGCUGGUGGAGGUGUGCUCAACUCGAAUUCAAUCAGGCUGGAGACCAUUGUUCAGUGCUUUGGAAACUGUGCGCAGCAGCAGCAGCAAGUCAGAAGUUAAAGAGUAUCUUGUUGGAGAAUAUUUGAUGGGAAAAUGUCAGGCUCCAGUUUUUGAUGUCUUCGAAGCUUUUCUAAAUACUGACAACAUCCAAGUCUUUGCAAAUGCAGCCACCAGUUACAUCAUAUGCCUUAUGAAAUUUGUCAAAGGAUUGGGGGAAGCCGACUGCAAGGAUAUUGGUGACUGUACAUCAGGAUACCCAUCUACAGAUUUGUGCCUUCCUGCACUUGAUUAUCUCAGGAGGUGUUCCCAGCUACUUGCCAAAAUCUACAAAAUGCCCUUGAAGCCUAUUUUUCUCAGUGGGAAAUUUGCUAACUUACCCCAAAGGAUCCAGGAACGAUCCGCAAGCAGUGAGGAUGGCAUUGAAUGUGUCCUUUCUGAGUUUGACGAUGACACAGGCCCAGGAUUUGGUAUUUAUGCAGUUGUACACCUCCUGCUCCCUACAAUGUCUCUUUGGCUUCAUCGCAGCCAUGGCGAUCAUUCUUACUGGGAUGGGGCAUCCGCUAAUUUCAAACAUGCCAUUGGCCUUUCCUGCGAAUUAGUGGUGGAGCACAUUCAAAGUUUCAUACAUUCAGAUGUUGGCUAUGAGAAUAUGAUCAACACGAUGCUCAAAGAUCUUUUCAAGUUACUUGUAGCUUGUGUAGCGGAAACCACAGAGACCAUCUCUAGAGUCGGGUGCUCUUGUAUCAGAUAUGUACUGGUGACAGCUGGUCCUGCUUUUACUGAAGAAAUGUGGCGUCUGGCAUGUUGUGCUUUAGAGGAUGCUUUUUCAACUACUCUUGAACCAGUGAAGAAUCUGUUGGGCUAUUUCCACAGCGGCUCUGAAAACCUGAGUGGUGAUGCCUGUGAGAUGAAAAUGGCAGCUCCUUCCCUCUCCCCUAGUGCUGAAGCUGAAUACUGGAGAAUAAGGGCGAUGGCCCAACAAGUUUUCAUGUUGGACACCCAAUGCUCCCCAAAGACACCCAAUAACAAGGAAGGAUUUGAGCAUGCUCAAUCCUGUCUGCUUAUUAUUGAGCUGCCUCCUGAUAGGAAGUCCAAUGGCCACUCACAGAAAAGGAAACUUGGUAUCCCUUUCAGAACAAUUGUAGUGAGCCUGCUUUCCCAUCAAGUCCUGCUGCAGAAUUUAUAUGAUAUUUUGUUGGAAGAAUUUGUGAAAGGGCCCUCACACACUGAAGAGAAGGUAACACACCAAUUGCCAGAAACCAAACUCACUGGUUUCCUCAGGUACAUUUCUAUGCAGAACUUGGCUGUCAUCUUUGAUUUACUAUUGGACUCCUACCGAACAGCCAGAGAGUUUGAUACAAGGACUGGGCUGAAGUGCUUGCUCAAAAAGGUAUCUGGCAUUGGUGGGGCCGCCAACUUGUACCGCCAGUCGGCUAUGAGCUUCAAUAUCUACUUCCAUGCCUUGAUCUGUGCUAUUGUGACCAAUCAGGAAAACAUCACUGCGGAACAGGUGAAGAAAAUCCUUUUUGAAGAUGAUGAAAGGAGCACAGAUUCAUCCCAACAAUGCUCUUCAGAAGACGAAGACAUUUUUGAAGAGACUGCUCAAGUCAGCCCACCAAGGGGGAAAGAGAAGAGGCAGUGGAGGGCCAGGUUGCCAUCGCUGAGUGUCCAACCCGUGAGCAAUGCAGACUGGGCUUGGCUAAUCAAAAGGCUUCACAAACUCUGCAUGGAGUUAUGUAAUAACUACAUUCAGAUGCAUUUGGAUUUGGAAAAUAGUGUCGAUGAGCUCCCUGUCUUCAGGGGCGACCCCAUCUUAAUCCUUCCAGCCUUUCAAUCAGAAACACCCGUAUCAUCUACUGGAGCCCUUUCUGGAAAAAACACCCCUUCAGAAGAUGAUAGAAGCCAGAGUAGGGAUUUCCUCACUGAAAACCUCACUCCUAAGGGAAGUACAGAUAUGAUGCUUCUUCCACCUUUGAGCCCCAAAAUGGAGAAGAAAGAACAAGGCAGGAAAAAAGAAUGGUGGGAGAGCGCUAGCAACAAAAUUUACAGCAUAGCAACAGACAAAACCAUAUCAAAACUAAUGACGGAGUAUAAAAAAAGAAAACAACAGCAACAUAAUUUAGCUAAUUUCUCCAAAGAGAUGAAAGCUGACAAGAAAGGGGAUCCGCUCGGCACAAGAGGGCCAGAUUCACCUCUCCACCAUCGGCCACAAAAUCUGAUCGAUCAAGGCCAGAUGAGACACUCGUUUAGCGCCGGGCCAGAGAUUCUGAGGCAAGAAAAGAGGCCACGCUCCGGGUCUACUGCCAGCUCAUUCAGCAUAUCGGUCCGGGAUGGGGAGGCACAAAUACAGGCAUGGACCAACAUGGUUCUGACAGUUCUUAAUCAGAUUCAAUCCCUACCAGACCAGAUCUUCAUCGCUCUACAACCAGCGGUAUUUCCCUGCAUCAGUCAAUUGACUUGCCAUGUGACAGACAUCCGGGUUCGUCAGGCUCUGAGAGAAUGGCUGGGACGAGUGGGAAGGGUUUAUGACAUCAUUGUGUAGAAGACUUUAGUUGCCUUAUCAAAGAGAGACUGAAUCUAAGAUACUUCGAGGAACAGAAAUAAAGUGCAUUUGUUGAAAUCUUUGUCUAUUAAAAAAAAAUGGUAGAAGGAUGUACAUCUGCCCAUUUGCUUGUCAGUAAUAACUAGCAAGAUCUGUUCCAUGCUGUUAAAUCUUAAGAGCACAGUGUAGUCAUACUCAUGACACCAGAUAAUGUAAUAUAAUAACAAGAGCCUUUCUAUUAAAUUUGAAAUGGGUAUUCAGACAGGCUGAUAUUCAAACAGGCUGACAGUCUCAAUAUGUUUGAUACUGCAUCUCAAAAGGGAAAAAAAGCAGUUUGUGGAGCAAGGAAAACAGCGUGGAAUGGACGCAGUCAUGUAAUAGGCUUUGCCAAGAUUGACCAUUGAGAAUGUAAAGAUUGCUGAGAUGUCUUUGGUACAGAUUUGUGUUACGUCUUAUAUGAGGCAUCUGAUCCUUAAGCCAUCUGAAUUUAAAACAAUAGUUCUACCAAUGAACAGAGGAGCCCAUUUAUUCUAAUCUUUAUAAAACAUCUUGGCAAUGAAAACUAGGCCUCCAGACUUAGGAAGUCACUAUUUCAAUGUGAUUGUAACAGGUUUUCAGACAGAAAUACUUAACCAUCUUGGAAGUACCGCAUAGGCGCUAUGAAUUAUUUCAUAUUGCUAUAAGGGUGUCUGUCCAAAAAUUAUUAUGUCCAAUGCUGAUUUGAGAAAUAAGCUGAAGUCAUUUUUCUCAUUUUGGUGCAAACCCAAGACCAAAAAUGUAUUUUCUCUGUUGUGUAAGUUGCAAGUGCUAGUAAGGUUUUCUGGUUCUAUAUCUUUACUUAUCCCUUCACUGGGUGUUAACAAAUGGGCUGUGAAGUGUGUCCCAAGUUUUCUGUUUUCAGGCUUUCCAUUUGUAUUGCCUGGCUUCUCUGUCAGGACAAAAGAAUCUGAAAAUUAGGCACAUGACUAGAAUAUGUAGAGUUAUCAAAUUUAUACACUUACCACAAAUCUGUAAAAUAGAUUGUUCUCAGAGAUAUUUGGUGACCUUUGUAGUUUUAUGGCCAAGCAGAAAUAUCACUCACUCAUCAUUCUUUUCUUAAGCCAAGCUGGGUGACAUCCAUAGCUGAAAAUAAAGAUAUGUAAGAAACGCUAUGUUAAUUAUGGGACAGAUUGAGCCACCACAUCUAUUUUAUAUAAAAUGUAUAAAUGUUUUCUCUGCGUUUUCUUGCAGAGAGUAAAACGUAACUUUAAAUAUUAGUGUAUAAUUUAAUAGGCUAGUUACAAUUGAGAAAAGGAUACAGAAGUAAGGGAAAAUAUACAAGUUUAUAUAAUGUGGCCAUUAUAUAAAAGGCAGUUCUUGAGACGAAAAACAGAGAAAAAUUAGUAUCUAGUUUGUAGGACGCUGAAGUAAUGGAGGUAGCUGGCUGGUAUGGUUGUGAAUGGAAGAGAAGAGCAGCCAAUUAGGUGUUAAUUCCAGUAAGGGAAUUUGGGAAAGGCAGCUGUCACCUCAUCUUGCCUUCACAAUAGCAUUUCCACCCCGACAACUUCUCACACUGAAAUUGACCACAAUUGUUUAACUCUGGAUCUCCAAACAUAUAGAAGGCUCGGAGAAUGUGACGGUGUUUUCCGUCCCUAUAGUUGGCCAAAUAGCAGAAUGACUAGAACUCCACCCACCUAUCCAAUUUCUCUAUAAUGAUCAUUACAGAAAUAUAAACUCCAAAUCCCCCUGAGAAGUUGCUCUGAUGGGAAGCUAUACGAGGUGAGGUUGAUUGGGAAAAUGCAAACAAAGCACUAAUAGCCUCUGGUGCUUUCUCAGUCAAUUCAACAUCAACCCUUUCAUACGUUCAGACACAAGUAUGUAAGUACAUGUGAAAUCACUUCUUAUUGCGGACCAUUUUUCCAUCAGCUAUUUUUCCUUAUAUCUGUGACCAGGGCUUAAUGAUCAUGUUUGGUGAAGGAAGAUAAGUUCUAAAUAUUGGAAACCUAUGGAUCAAGAUGCACUGGGUGGUGGCAGAGGAGUUCAGGGGCAGAUGGCAAGGGAGGCGUGAGAUUUUUAUCAGUGAGAAAACCAAUGACCCACAAGAUGUGCAGAGAUAGUGAUUAAGCUUCUUUGGAUCAGUCUGGUCUGGAGCUGAUGCCAGAGGAAUUCAGGACACUGGUGUGAAAGUGCCUAUAGGCAGCUGGUGAAGAAUGAAUCCCAGCUACACCAAUAAAGGGAAGCUCACCUUUGAACUACUGCUAAAACUGAACAACUGGUGGUCAUGUUUCACUGCUAGAAAAAUGAUACGUAGUAUGUGAGUCCACACACUUUCCUCAUGUCUUACAUGAAUGUGAUCAAACCCUGCAUCUGCCUUCUCUCUUUGUUAAGUCAUUGUUGGAUAUAUGCCCAAAUGAGCUGUUGUAUCAGCAAGUGUUAGAGGCACCAGCAAAGUGUUCUGUUGGGGUGCAGUUGGGAUCAACCUUAUGAGCAGUGCAGCGUUGCCUGUUGUGCUAGCCUUCAUUUUCGACCACAGGCAUCGAACUGAUUGAGUGGAAGAGCCUUAAUCAGCCUUGCAGCUUGCUUGAACAGCAAACAGUCCAGUUUCCUUUGCUUCCCCGCUUUCUCGUUCAUUCAACAGAAGACUUUGAAUGUACAAGUUGUGUCAGCUGCUGCUGAACUCUAGUGAUUGUCUAUUCUGAAUUAUUGAAUUAUUUGUCAGUGCUAUGCCCUGAGAUGAUUGUUUGAUUCUUCUAUUUGUUCUUUAAGAUUUAAAUAAUGCUGUGUUUCUAUGGUUCUUUGUGAAGAGGGGAUUGUUUUAGGGGAACAUUUUCACAUGGUGUACACCUACAUUGUUUGUGAGAUCUUAUACACGUACUCUAGUUUGUCACUUUGAAGUAUCUGUUGAACAUGGUAACUUGAGCAGAGAGACAGAAUCACCAUACACAAAAAAAGUUUAAUCUGUUCUCCUGAAUAUUGAAAAAAAUGUUUCGAUUUCAAGUGUUGCUUUUCAGUUCUGUGCUGUUGGGUGUAGGUUACUUGUACAUGCUGUGCGUGGAAUGACAAAGUGCUAAUAUUUCGUACAUAAAAAGUGGAAUAACAAAAUGUAACAAACUUGUAGGGCCACUAUUACAAAAGCAGGCAACAAUUUAUUAUUAUUUAUUUCAAAGAAGGGAAGUAUUACACAUUCCUGCCACUACCAAGAAUGACUAUUGAUUGUAAACCAUUUCAGUUGCUGCUAUUAACACAAGGGCAAGCGAUAGAUAUACAACAGUUCCUGCUGAAGAUCAUAAUAUUAUUUAUUUAUUUAUUCAGGGUGACUGUAAGUAUUACGUAACUCUAAAAUGUAAGUUGAAAGUUCAGCCAAACUUAAAAGAAAAACCAUUCACUGGACAGAAAAGGAAGAAUGUGUCUCAUUCUGAGGGCAGGUAGAUAAUGUCAAGGAAAUUCAUUCACUAUUUAAGUGAAAAUCACUGAGUGGAAGGGCAAGUUUUAUUUUUCAUAGUUUCCAACCUCUCUAGACUUUUUAUGGAAACACAGGCCAUAAAACUAGGAGGCACAUUUGCCUGUGGUGCAAGUGAGCCAUGGGUGCACAUUUGUGGAGAGAGCCAUUAGACCUCAUGUGUAGGCCAAUCUAUCUGCCCUUUCCAUUUUCUAAAUGACCAAGCUCUUGUGAGCCCAGAGUUCAUGUUUGCAUGUCCUGCAAGGCCCUCCUGGGUCAGGGAAUUGCACGUUUCCAGUAGUGCCUGCAAAACAGUGGUGGGUUCCGGAUCCCGAUGCAACUGGUAUAGUGCAACGGGGCCCGGCAUCCACCACAUGAAUGCACGCAGCACGCACAUGCGUCCUUACCUUCUGCAACGCUCCACAACGCCUCCACAACACUCCAACUGCUUGGCGGAGCGUCAUGCAGGCGCCAUAUGCUCCGUGUGCGGAAGCACUGGAGAGCUGAAAUACCAGUAAGGAGCACGGGCGGGCAGGUGGUCCUCUGGAGCACCAUACCAGAACGGUACCCAGUGCUCCCCGCAGGCACUGGUAUGCCCGUACGGGGGCGUAUCAGUCAUACCAGGCAGUCAUACACUCAGUGACUUGGUCUCUACACGUCUCAGAAUGAGAAAUGGGCAGGGGAAAGGACAUUCUUCAGGGCAGAAACUUGCACCCUAUUUCACUAUGCAAAGAUUGGGUCGUGGUUAUGGGAUCUAAGAUGGAAUUUGCACAUUCAAGGAAUCAGAGGGCAGUCACAGAAUGUAGUUGCUCUGGAUCAAUUUUAUUGAUUUAUGUCCAUAGUGCAAAAGCAAUUUAUAUUGGACCCUGAUUUCCAUAUUCUAAAUAUUCCCCUCCUAACAGCUGCAGAAGGCAGAAGUAAGGAAAAACAAACGUGACAGCAGUGACAGAAAGUGUAGGAGGUGGAACUUUCACACAAUGCUGUUAUGUAUAUGCAGAGAUGUUUGCGAUGGCAGCUGGCAAGUUUUGUUUUGUACUAUAAAAAUGCUCUGGAGGAAAAAAAAUGCUCUGCCUUAACUAACGGGAAAGUUGCUCUACCAAAAUGAAAGAGAAACUCCAGUCUUCAAGCAAUUUAUUGAUUAACCAGGUCCUGCAAUUGUUACUUUCCCCAGACAGAUCCUAUGCCAAACAGUGAAAUGCAACCUCCCAAAGGAGCAUCUUCUCUCUUAUACCAAAGAUCCAAUUUGUUAAAAAAGAAGAAAAAUAGUGAUGCUUGACACAAUUGGGCUUGUAUCACGAGGUAGACAUGAAAAGACAGGCAUCCAAACUACUCUGAAGGGGGGGACCAAGUCAUUUGGGGCCCCUUUCCAGCUAACCUUUAUUCUUGGAUGUGCAUAGUCUUUGGCCAAGAUAUGCAAUUCUCUAAGCACUUCAAGACUUGGAAAAAGAUUGGUUAUAAAGAACUAUGAGGCCGGAUGUAUUGAGAUUCUCAAAAGGUCCUCACAAUUCGUUUUCUUUGGAUUUGUUUUAUGGUGGCCAAUGAAAGCUAUAAGGAAUAUCUGUUGACAAAAUGUCUGGAUCCUGCCAUAGCUUUCCUUGUGUUCUUAAAAAUAACUCCCCUAAACCCUCUUCUUCUAUUGGUAUAUGUGGGGAGGGGAGAGGGAGGAACAUACCUGAAUCAUUUCUCUUGUGUGUAUGUUUCGGAACAGUUCGUUGUUAAGCCACUUUGCAAAAUGUAUUUUGUGUAUAUUUUGUUCAGGGGGAAUUCUUAAAGAAGGAUAUUUUAAAACAAAUCAUUUGUGUUGCUAGUGUUAUAGAAUAAAGAGACUACAAAAAAGUAAA